AUGUCUAUUCUCGGGGAUUUUGUCGAGCCACCCGAGAUCGAAAGCCGUCUUGUAUCUUUCUAUCGAAACAAGACCCCGGACAAUGCAGGACGAUUACUUUCGCACAUUAUGUCUUGGGAUUAUGAGAAGUUGGAGGAUGUACACGACUAUAUCCAAUGGCUGUUCCCUCUUCCAGAAGAGUCUAUGUUUUCCGGUGCACCUUUGAUUGAUGAGAAUGUCUUCAAUGCGUUCCAUGCAUUCAAUUCCUCCACCGAAUUACAAUGCCAUCUCAAGGAUUCUUUGAUUAAAAUGUUGGACUUCUAUGGGUUCAAGUUCGCUGAUGAUUUGGAUGGAAAUGGUCUGCCUGUUAUAAUUAAAUCCUCCAAUUUCUAUGAAAGAUGCUCCAAUUGGCUUAUCAGGAGAGAUCACAACCAUUUGAGAAUCAGCAGAAUCCUUCGCUCUCUUCGCGUUCUGGGCUUAGAAGCAGAAGCAGCCGCAUUCUAUAAGGCACUGUCAGACAUUGUUUACAAUGGACAUUCUCAAGUUGUUAGCUCUCAAUCUGCGGAAUUCUGGCGACGCGCUGCUGAGAGACCUUUACAUUGGGCACCACAUCUAACCGAGAGUGAAUGUGCCAGAGAUAAACAAUGGAAAAUAGGCCUAGAUUUUUUAAAAGAGUACGAAAGGUUCAACAUGGCUAGAGAUUUGCAAAAACAGCAUGACGCAAAGAAGGCUCUUGAGGAAAAGAAAGAAGCAGAAUUUCAAGCCACGAAAGCACAUAUUGCUGCAGUCACCGCCGACCGGAAGAGGAAAAUUAGUGGAGAGAGCAAGACUACCCCGAAAAAGCGAGCUAGUAUUUCUCAGGAAAGCAAAGGUCAAAAUUCCGAACCUCAACGUUCUGAAAAAGAAGUUGCCGUUGUCGAUGCACGUGAACCCAUAUCAGAACUGCAGGACGUCGUACAAGAUAAAGCACCACCAAACGAACCUAAGCCUUUCCAAUCUCGGCUCACUAGGCCUGUGCUUUUUGAACUUGCACUUCCUGGGCCCGGGCAUGCUGGAUCCGAGCCUAAUGUUGACCAACUCGAGCUUGAAGAUCCUAGACCUAGGCUUGUUGAACCUGAGCCUAUUCAACCUGAGCUUAUUCCACCCGCCCUUGCUAAAUCCAAGCUUGAAGAUCCCAGACCUAAGCUUGUUGAAUCUGAGUUUAUUGAGCCGGAGCUUCUUGCACUUACCCUUGCUAAACCCGGGCUUGCUGCAACUGAGAAUGCUGAGCCUAAGGUUGGCCAACCUGAGCUUGAAGUCCCCAAACCUACGCCUGCUGAAUCUGAGUUUGUUAAAUCUGAGACUUUUGAACUCGCACUUGCUAAAACCAAGCUUGAACAUUCCAGACCUAAGCUUGAUAAAACUGCCGGUGGACGUAUGGAACGAAAGUCCUCGCAACGCGGUGAACAAUCUGCAAUUCACCAAAUUCAACAAUACCAGCUCAUGUCUCCUCGCCAACCGUGA